AUGAACAAUAAUGAAGGCAGUGAUGGCGUAGAUAUUCAAAGGACGGUUGCACCGGUGCCAAGUAUGAUCCUGAAGCGAAGUCCUGUGCGCUUUCGUACAAUGACAAGCAGUUCUGCUCCAACGCCCCAGUUCAGCUUCAUUACAAUGCGCAAAACGUCACCUGGAUACAUUGCGUUAACUGCUGUACAUAGCAUAAAAGACUCCGAUCGAGUGGAGCUGGCCGAACAGCAAGAAGCUGCUCCUGAGCAUGUAUCUGUCGAAACUGGUGAAAGGCUGCCCUCUGGCGUUGAAGGAUCUACGACUGAAAUUCCUGAAAUUGAACCCAAACAAGUGCUGGAGAAUCGAACCCGAACGGGAUCUACUCCUCAUUUCCAAAAAAAAUGUGCUGUAAAAUUCCAAGCAAGACCAUACUCGAAACGGCCUGCCGAGUCCAAAGCGCCAUUCGAAAUUGAUGUUCCUGUGGAUUCCAUUGAGCUUUGUGCAACCCGCUGUUUCCAGGUUCGUGUUCAUGAUUUCGCAAAAUAAGU